UUGCAAAACGCGGGAUAUUCAAAUUAAUACCAGCACCGCACAAUGUCUGCUACAAAAAUCAGUUUAGAAAAUAAUCAAUAACUACGCAAGUUUUUUAAGUAGUUUUACACCGUUUCUCAACGACAAAAACUUUUAUCAGAGUAAAAAAGAAUAUUUCGUUUGAGUAGUAAAACAUUCGGGGUCAAUCUAACAAAACAAAAAGUCCCCAAAUGACAUUUAAAUAUGCUAAUGAAACGUCAAUUGUUCAACUUUGAACGAAAUGCAUUUAUUGUAAGAUUACAGUUACAUCAUCACAAAAGCAAGAAGUCAUGAAAUCAUCUUUCAAAAUUAUGCCAUAACCCGGGCGACGGCGUCAAGAUACAUUCAUCAUUCAUCGUAAAUAUUUGGACCUAACCUCAAAACUGAAAUGCUGGUAGUCAGGCGUUUUCUACACAUUUUUAAGUUACCGGAUCGACGAAAAGAGUAUUUUGCGAGAAAGCUCGUCGGGUUUUCAAAUAUCCAAAUGUAUAAAGUGGUCGCGGACGUGAAAAAUUACAGAAAAUUCGUACCUUUUUGUACCAAAUCGAAAAUUUUAACCAAGGAGCCGAACUUACUGACAGCAAAUUUGGAAGUGGGGUUCCCUCCAAUUAUAGAAAAUUAUACAUCAACUGUGUCAUUGUGUGAGCCAGAACUAGUCCAAGCUAUUUGUAGAGAUGGAAGAUUAUUUAAUAUAUUAGAAACAAAUUGGCGGUUUCACCCAGGGUUGAAAAGCAAUCCACAAACGUGUAUAGUUGAUUUUCAUAUAAACUUUGAAUUUAAAUCUGCCUUGUACUCAAAAGUAGCCACAUUUUUCUUUGAUCAAUUAGUGCAACAAAUGGAAGCAGCUUUCAUAAAAGAAGCCCAAAGAAGAUACGGACGAGAGUCGCUGCCUGUACACCCUUUAGAACCCGUUAGAAGUUGACAUAGUAGAAUUAAUUUUUGUUAUGAUUAUUUUGACAAUUUUAUUGUGAUUGUUUACCAUAAAUUAUUUUUUUAAA